UUUAGACCGUGAGCUGUGCCGUAGAAAAUAAUGUAGAGCUGUAUAAUACAAAUAGUAAUUUAGUAAAUUUAGCCAUUUUAAUGUUGUAAUUAUCUGUAAAUUUAGCUCCAGCUUACAAAUCCUGCACUGGCCUUUGCGUCGCACUUUACUGCAGCAGGUUUAUUACAACAUGAGAGAGACAGCUAGCCCAAGCUAACAUCUCUUCACACAGAUCAAAACAGUGAACGUAGACAGGUUGUUGUCAUGGAUUCAGAGUCCCAACUGCUAGACCUGAGGACUGAUGGCGAAAGAGGAAGCAGUAACACACAUCCUGAUGAACCUGAGCACCAACAGGAGACACCAUUAGGUACUGGUCAGUGCUCUUCUCCAGGCUUCAGUGCCUCCUGUCUGACCACAGCUGAGCUUCAGCAGCACUGGAGGGCAGUGAAACAGGAGAUUAGAUGCAUUAAACUGCUGUUUGAGAUCCCAUCUGCCCGUACCAUAGAGCAAGCCUCAUCCAGAUACGUGGUCUACCAGAUUGUGGUGAUCAGGUCAGGCAGUUAUGACCGCGAGCGUGUGGCCAUUGAGCGCCGCUAUUCAGACUUCCUCCACCUCCACCAGCAGCUGCUGCAGGACUUCAGCGAGGAGCUGGAGGAGGUCCCGCUGCCCAGAAAGAAGUUGGUGGGGAAUUUCUCAGAGGAGAACAUUGCUGAGCGGCGUGUGGCCCUCUGUGACUACCUCACCCAGCUCUACGCCCGCCGCUACAUACGGCGCACCCCCGCUUUUAUAGCAUUCUUCACACACCCUGAGCUGAAGACUGCCUACGAUCUGCUCCGUGGAGGCCGUUUCUCUCAAGCCCUGGAGGUCCUGCAGAGAGCACUAGUGCUUCAGAGAAAACUGUCCACUCAUGACCCAUCUCUGCUUGUCCCCACCCUGUGUGCACUGGUGGUGUGCCAGAGGGACCUGGGGGAUUUUCAUGAUGCUUUCCAGACGGGCCACAUGGCCCUGCCAGCAGUGAGGCGUUAUGGGCUAAGCCGCUAUCGCGCCCCUUUGCUGGAGGCCAUGGUGGAUCUGGGUUACAAGUUAGAGCACCCCGUGGCUCAGUUACAAGAGGAACUGAUCAAAGUGCAGAACUCACCACAUGGACCAGUGUCACUGAUGUCGCUGAAGGAGCUUGUGGUACAAGAGUUUACGUGA